GUGUCAUCAACGGGCGCGCGCUGCCCGGUGUGUGUAGACGGUGUGUGCACGUGAACCACAGUGAUGGCCAGCUGCUCUGAUGUGGUGAAGAAAGUCAUGCGGUUCAAACUUCAGCUGACAGACACAGCAGAGCCUGCUACGGUUGUAAAGAUAUUGCAGAAACUCAAGGAUCUGGAUAUCACAUUAGACAUUCUCGCUGAAACUGGAAUUGGCAAAACAGUGAACUCCUUGCGCAGACAUGAACAAGCUGGAGAAUUGGCCAAGUCGCUAGUUAGGGGCUGGAAAAGACUUGUCCCUAAGGAGUCCAAAAGCCACACAGAAGAUGGGGAUGCGUCAGAGGGUUUGUCUGUUAAAGACAAACUGGAUGACCAAAACUGUCCAAAUAAUGGAAGUUUGACAAUGGAGGAUUCAAACAAUAAUUGCGUAACAUCUCACAGUAAGAGUCAGAAUUCUUCAGAUGAGGCCCUCUUCAAAAGCAGGAAAGCUGAUUCAGAGAAACAAUGUGAAGAGCAGAAAAUACACAAUGAAAAUCAAGAAAUAACUGAACAAGAGAACCAGGAUAUCUCUCAGAAUGACGUCUUGAAAAAGGACAUUGAAAUCCAAGAAGAUCAAAUGGACAAUUCAUUCGUCUCCAAGAAGAAGAAAAGGGAUGAGAGUAACAGAAAGUCAGGAGACACUGAUGCCAAAAACUCAGAGGACACUCAUCAGAAAUCCAGCUCUGAUAGUGGAAGAUUUGGGUCAGAAAAAGAGUCAAAUAAGAAACCAAAAGAAUCAGCAAAACAAGGCAAAGAAUCAUUUGAAUCCAGUGACAGACACUCUGAAACGUUAAAGCUGGUCAGCGUCAAAGAUGACAGACCUUCAGAAAUAUCGAGGAGCUCAGAGGCCCAAAACAAAAAAAGAAAAAAAACGAGUAAAGAGAAGCACAAACAAGAGUCUGAAAAAAAGCAUUCAAAAAACAAAAAGGCUAAAAUCAAGCACAAAGAUGAGCAAAGUGAGGAGCCCUCCAUGUCUUUUGAAUCGUGCUUGAACUACGACGUGAAUGUUUUCAAGAGAAAAGAAAAAUCUGGAGUGAAGAAACCUCCCAAAACUAAAAAGACUGUAGUAAAACAGAAAGCAACAAAAGGUCCUGGAAUGACACCUUUCAGGUCACCUGAGAUGUCUCCAACACAGGAGUUUAAGGAGUCUGUAAUGGAGCUGCUUCCAUUUAUCAUUCCUUUACCCGCUGCUCUGCCUGAAUGUGAAAAGCCAUUCAGUGUUGAGUACUUUGAGAGGAAAGUUGAGAAGGAGUCUGAUUCCUGUGACGUUUCGGAGGAGUCUGCAGGCUUCACCGGUCAACGACUUAACACAAAGAUGCAGGUGUACUCUGGUGCCAAGACCGUCUUCCUCCCAACCAUGAUGAGCUUGCACCAACAGUGUAUCCGCACACUGCAGAAUAAUAUCAACUUGCUUUAUGAAACUGGCGGAGUCCCGUAUGAAAUCCUCGAGCCGGUGUUGGAGAGGUGUACGCCACAGCAGCUGCUACACAUUGAAGAAUGCAACCCAAUCUACGUUGGAGAGACCGACCACUUGUGGGGUAAACACUGUCAGAGGGACUUCAAACACUCCAAACUUCAGGAGUAUGAAUCAUGGAAAGAGAUGUACGUCAGGCUGUCUGAGGAGAGGGAAAGGAAACUCAAAAGACUGACAAAAAGCAUCGUCUCGGCACAUUCUAGCAAACCCAAAGGUCGGCAGGUGAAGAUGGCAUUUAUUCACACUGUUGCCAAGCCACCGAGAGAUGUGCGAAUUCAGCAGGAAAUUCAUGGAACUGCUGUUCAGCAGCCUCAGCUCAGGUGCAGCGUCAAGGUUCAGGACAGCAGACCGAGCCCGAGUUGUAAUGAGCCCAGCAGGUCCAGCAGCACCAGUUCAGGGGCAACCAAUACACAAGACCCUCGCAAAAAAACAAGAGUUGCUCCAAUGAUGGCAAAGUCCUUAAAGGCCUUUAAGAAACAGCUGGGACGCAGAUAAACGCUCUUAUAUGAUCUUGAUAUUUACAGUGUGUGGAUGUGGGGAAAGUGCACUCUGUCAGUCAUUAACUUUGUACAAUAGAAGGCCUGUGUUCACCUUAGAUUACUCUGUGUUGUUUGUCUAAAUACGCAGGAGUUUGCCAUGUUUUUUUCUCUGUAACUGUGAAUUGUCUUCACUAUUAAAGGCACAAUGAAAAGAGCAAAUUU